UCUUGUCUUUUAGGUGUUCCAAAAAUCGAAAAUAUAUUUGCAGUUCCAUACCAUAGUUAUAUUUCCGGAUAGUUCAGGUUAUUGUCAAUUAUGAUGGCACCGAAAAAUUUCCACGUUAUUUUUGAGGAAUAUUUUUAGAAUUUAGUAUGGUGAGCUAGAAAUGGAGGUGUUGAAAUUUGUCCACCCCUAACUAUGGUUUCUUCCACUAAAAACCGUGUUUUAAAAAAAUAAACACACACACUCCCUCUCCGUCGAAAUCCAUUCUCUCUCUUCAUCGUGAAUCGCACCUCUCCGACGAGAAUCCCCUAUUCUCUCUUUCGCUUCCUUCAGUUGCAAAUCUCUCCGGCAGAACUUCUCGUUGGUUUAGUGAAUAAUUGGAUUCAGUUUAUUUGAGAAAUGCUAUGUUUGAAUAAUGAACAUUGAAAGAAGCAACUGGAUUGUUGUACUCUAUGACUAGCUUGAUGGAUCUUACUUGGUCAUCAAACUUUCUUUCUAUCUUGUUCCUGGACUUGAUUUUUCAGAAGGAAUUUGAUAGUGAUGGGAGACUAAGAAAGAAUGCUAAGCCAGCUAUGUUUUGUACUGCCAAUGGUUUACAAGAAUGGAAAGUUUUUCCCAAAGGACUCAACUCAAGGUUCUUCUCCUUGAGGGAGAUACACUUCUGCAGUUGAGAUAAGAGCAAAGCAUGAGGGGAUGCACUAUAAAUUAUAAUCAAUCGUAAGACUUUUUUCGCUUUUUUCUAUCUAUUUUUGGCGUUGUCUCACUUCUUCAUCUCCAUGAAAUUUGAUCUGCCAAUUCCUUUUUUUAUUACUCUGGUCUCAGACACUCCCUUUAGUUAACUGGCCUCAAAUAUAUGCUAAAGUUAAUAAUUUCAACUCAUUAAUAUCAACACUCCAAAAGAACCCCUUAUUAUGGCAUAGUAUAAUGAGUGAAGAUGAUUUAAGUGGUCACAUGAGAGGAUCUAAUCUCGCAUGUAGCUAAAUAGUUUUGCUUAUAAAUGAGACCGGAAGGUAUAUAAUAAAGAAUGAAAAAUUGUUAACCAAAAUUGAGAAGUUAUUUAACCCUAAAAAAAUUAAUUUUAUUGUAUUGCCUCUUAGACAACUUUUCGCAUAUUCUUUAUAUAAAUUAUAUUAGUACAUAUAUGAUGUAAGAAAAUUGGUUGUAUUGUGCUACAAUUUUUAUUUGAUGUUUCUUCUUAAGAAGUGGUGAAAACUUAACACAAGUGGUUUAGCCAUGUAGGGAGAAAAUCUCAAAGUUUUGUUGUAAGGAAAGUAUAUUAAAUGAGACAUAAUCAAAUCACUAGAGACAGAGAAAAAUUUAGAAAAACUAUAAAGGAAAAUUAGUAAGAAAAAUUUAGAAAUUGAUAGAAGUUUGAUAUAAGAUAGAACAUUAUAGCGUCAUUUGAUUGAUGUAGCCAAUGAAAUAAAGCUUAUUAGUUGGUUUUGUUUCUUCUUAUGAAGCGUGGGCCAAACUGACGCCAAUUGCGGAUGCUAAAUCACCAUUGUGACUUUGACUAACACUAAAUAACACGGGUUGAGGCAAGGCAAUAUUAUCUUGCAUUAAUAAUGAAAUGACAUUAGUGUCUGUUGCGGCCGCACAAUCAACACUUAAUAGCCUCUGCUCUUCAGAAGUAGACGAUUAAAUUUCGCUUCAGGAGUGUUGGCCAUGACACCAACUAAAUCAAGUUAAUGUCAACUUUUUGUUUGUUAAUAUGCGAUUUUGACAAAUGUUAAAAUCAAUGUUUCUAGUAGUGUUAUGUUCAGAAACAUAAAGUAAUCAUAGCAUGAAAGUUUAGAACAUGCAUGACACAAAAAUAGCACUAGAAAGGUUGGGGUUAUGUGACAAAUUUAAAUUAACUAUUUUAGAAUAUCUGUCUUUUUUUUAAACUCUUGACGGUUCUGUAUCAACCUCAAGUUUGCAACACCUAUUUUUGAGGUAUUGCAUAUAUUUAGAGAUUGUGUAAACCAUUAUGGUUUUGUUCUUUGUAAAGUGUCUCAGUAGGUAAGGGAGUGUGGGUGUUUUAUAAACCACCAUUAGGUUCAAUUUUCAAGUAAUGUGAGAGUUUUUGGUGUGAAAGAACAACAUCCUCCAGUCAAGACUAAGUAAGUUAAUGAGUCUUCGUGGCUUAGACUCUUGAUUCUUACGUAAAAUUUAAUGUUCCAAUGUCAAGCCCACAAGACCACAUUCCUGAAGUAGUAUUUAAUUUUAGAUCUUGUAUAAGUCUUUACGGUUUUGAAGAGAAGUAUGAAUAGUAGAAAAGUAUUUUAAUAUAUAUUAAAGUUGUAAUUUAUAAUAGAAGAAUAAACUAGUUUAAAUAGAGAUAAAUCUAAAUCUUAUGGUUUUAUUUAAUGAGUUUUAUAUUAAUAAAAUAAAAUAACUAUGAAUGUUACUAAAGACAGUCUAACUUCCCCUCAUGUUGGUGAAUGAAAAUCAGUCAUUUCAAAUUUGCAAGUAAGUUGGUUUAAUCGUUCUGUUGAUAAACCCUUUGUUAACACAUCUUUCAAUUGAUGCCCAAAAGGUAUGUAGGUGAUAGUUAUCAAUCAACUAUCCGACUUUUUUUUAUUGAAACGUCGGUCAAUCUCGAUGUGUUUUGUCCUGUCAUGUUGAACCAAAUUAUAUGCAAUACUGAUGACCGAUUUAUUGUCACAAAACAACUUCACAGAGCAUUCACACUGUAUAUUCAAAUCUUCUAAGACUUGUUUUAUCCAUAAUAGUUCACAAAUCCCUAAUGUCAUAACUCUGAAUUCAGCUUCAGCACUUGAUCAAGUAACUACAUUUUGCUUCUUACUCCUCCAAACAACAAAAUUUUUUCACUCAAGAAGGUACAAUAGACUGAAGUAGAUCUUCUAUCAAUCAAUGAAACUGCAUAAUCAACAUCAGUGUAAGUAUCCAUAGUUAGGCGUCCACCUCUUUUAAGCAAGAGUCCUCACUCUGGAGUAGCUUUGAGAUAUUGUAGAGCACGGUCAACAACCUGCAAAUGUCUCACCCUCGGACCAAGCAUGAAUUGGCUCACCACACUGAAUGCAUAUGCCAAAUCUGGCUUAGUGUGUGCCAAGUAAAUCAACUUUCCCACUAACUUUUGAUAUGGACCCUUAUCAACUUUGACACUUUCCUCCUCAUAAUUCAUCUUAAGAUUUGUUCAAUAAAAACACUAGUUGGUUUGCAUUCAAGUUUUUCCGUUUUCUGAAAAAGAUCAAACACAUAUUUUCUCUUGAGAAAUAAAAAUGUUUUUAUUUGAAUGAACUACCCCAAUUCUCAAUUCCCAAGAAGUGCUUGAGUUCUCAAAAGUCCUUCAUUUCUAAUUCUUCUGAUAAUUUCUUUUUAAGUAGUUGUCUCUCAGUCAAAUCAUCUCCUGUAACAAUAACAUUGUCGUCAUAAACAAGAAGUGCAAUCUACAUUCCUCCGUGUGUAUGUUUAAAAACAUAGUGUAAUCUCUUUGGCUUUGUUUAAAGCCCAAACAGAACAUUAUCUUUGUGAAUCUUUCAAACCAUGCUCGAGAGGACUGCUUAAGUCCAUAUAAGACCUUCUUCAAAUGACACACCUUGUUGCCUCCACCCGUGGUACUAAAACUGAGUGGAAUCUCCAUAUACACUUCCUCCUUUAAGUUUUCAUGUAAGAAUACAUUUUAAACAUCAAAUUGUUGUAAUUCCCAUCCAUAAUAAGCUACAAGAGAUAGUAAGAUUCAAAUAAUAUUCAUCUUUACCACUGGUACAAAUUUCUCUUCAUAAUCAAUGUCAUAUGUCCGAGUAUAACCUUUUGCUACUAGUCUUGCCUUGUACCAAUCAACAUUUUACUUGUGCUUUCCCAUAUAGAUUCAUCUGCAUUCAACUGACUUCUUGCCUCCCUGACUCUCAACAAUUUCCCUAGUAUCAUUUUUCUUAAGAGUUUUCAUUUCCCCACUUAUAGUUUGAGCCUAAUUUUUAUAUUUCAAUGCUUCUUCAAUAGAUGAUGAGAUUCUUACCGAAUCAAUAGCCGUAAUAAAACGUUUAUACUACAUGGAAAAAUGUUUAGAGAAGACAUUAAGAAAUAGGAUAUCUAUACUUGGAGGGAUAAGAUCUUUUAUCCUUUCUCAAAGCAAUGAGUAAAUCAUUCAGAUCAAUAUCACAAGUAUCAGAAAUUUGAGAUUUGUCAAUAGGAUAAUCAUUUUCAGUACUUACCUCUAAUUCAAGCAAUUGAAGUUGUUUUAGAGCAAAUCAAAUAUACUUUUUUUCCUGAUACGCUAUAAUUGAUGCUGAAGGUGUUGGUUCCUGCAAAACAGAAGACAAUGGAUGAACCAAAAUAGGACUAGAUGUAGAAUCAUGACUAAGAGGGAUAAGGUUCGCUUACAAUAUACGACAAUUCAGGCUCAAAAGUAGACUCGAGUGUUUUAGGGAAGUUAUGGUUGAGGAUCAGAAAAUCAAACUCAGAGUCAUAGUUAUUCAUGCUCACCCACCCCCGAGGCUGAGGACGAGUGAAGUAAGACACAUUUUCGUGAAGGUGACAUAUUUAGAAACAACUUACUUACGAUUGGGAGGAUGAUAAUAUUUGUACCCUCUUCUGUUAGGUGGAUAACCCACAAAGACACAUUUAGAAAUGCGUUAAUCCAAUUUAGUUUGGUGUUGCUUAUGGACAUGGACAAAAACUACACAACCAAAUACCCGAGAUUCGGUACCAUGGAACAUAGAAGCAGAAGGAGAAAGUGUGACUAGAAAUUAAACAUGACUAACAUUACCUAUAACAUGAGAUGACACACAAUUAAUUAGAUAAACAACAGUCAAAUCUGCUUCACCCAAAUAUGAUUUUGGAAGACAAGAGCUCAAGCGAAUUCAAGGGAUGUUUUUUUCUUUCUGAAAAAUUAUUUUUUGUGGGGGUACCGACACAUGUGAAUUCAUGGAUGAUGUCUUGUGUAUUGGUAAAACUGUAAAAAUUAUGAUUGACAAAUCUUUACCAUUGUCAGAACGUAUUUUUUUAAUAACUUUACCAGAUUUUGUUUAUAUCAUACUAUAAAAUUGAAUAAUCAAUUGUGGUACUUCUGAUUUGAUUAUUCAUCAAGAAAAAUCAAGCUAUUCGACAACAAUCAUCAAUAAAAGAAACAAUCUAUCUUGUAUAUGAAAUGUUAAAAAUAAGGGUUGUUACCUAAACAUUAGAAUGAAUAAAAUCAAAUGGUUCACCAUUUUUAAUAAGACUUGAAGGAAAAGUAGUUCGAUUAAGUUUAAAAAACUGAUAAAUAUCAUAUUUAAAAGACUCAACGAAUUGUUUUAAAAACAAGGACAGAAACAUACACUUCAUUAAUGAAAAAGGAGAAUGGCUAAGACGCUUGCGCUGAAGCCAGAGAUGUCAUUCCUGGCCGCUAUGGCCGCUAUAGCAGCGCCCUGGAGCGGAACGGCCCCCACCCGCGCGAGAUACAGGGUGCGGUGGCGGAGAUGCUGUAGCGCCCGCUACAGCCGAUAAACCGGGUCGUAGAUCGUUCCCGGGCGGAGCGGAACCGGAUCCAUUCUUUCUUUUUUUUAAAUUUUUUUGGGGAAAAUUACUAUAUUGCCCCUCGUUUUAAAAUUUCUAAAAGCAGAAAACGUUGUUUUUGUCUUCGUCUCCAUCCUCGUUUUCUUACUCGCAUUUUCCAUCUCGUUGCCCUAAUCUCUCACUCUCUCCUAAACGUUCACCGUCGCCAUCGUUUUCCCAACCAUAUUUAGGAGGCAAAUGAUGGCUCUAACAGAGAUUGAAAUGCAGAAGACAACACCUUCUAACCAGUUCAUGCAUUAGAAAGAUACUAUAAUCCUCCUUGUUCUUUAACAACUCCAAUCUUCUUCCCCGUUGCAAGAUUUUGAAAAGCUCAAUGAAAAUUAAAAAACAAAAAAACACUAUAAUUAUUGUCCUCUGUAAGCUUAUGAAUAGAGAGAUAAGGUUGUUUGAUACACUAGGAACUUGAAACACAUCUUUCAAUUUAUAAGAUUGAUGAUCAACGUCUAAACAAUCAUUAACCCGAGUAUGAGAACCAUCUGCAAUAAUAAUAUACGGAAUGUCGGAAGGAGAAAUAUUCUUCAAAAAAUGAUGUAGGAGGGUUACCUGCGCGCAUCGAAGGAAAAACCGCGCAUCAGAACGGUUCGGCAGGAUUUACGCAAGUUUGGCGUCUGAUGUCAGAAUUACUCGUAUUAUACCUUUUCAGAAAGGGAAUUGGCCUAAAAGUUCAACACUCUGCUUUGCGGUGACACGUAGAUUUUUAAGCCAUUUAAGUUCAUUUCAGGCCCAGAAUCAGCAAUUUACUAUUUUGUUUUAUUUAGGAUUUGAUUCUAUUUAGAAUUUAAUUCUAUUUUGGAUUGAUUCUCUUUAGGAUUUGAUUCUAUUUAAGAUUUGAUUAUAUUUUAGAUUUAAUUCCGUUUUAGAUUAAAAGAUUUGAUUUCGUUUUAGAUUAAAAGAUUUGGUUCGGUUUUAGAUUAAAAAUCCAUUAGGGUCUCUUUAAGUCCGUCAGGGUUAUUUUGUUUUAUAUAUUUAAAGACCUUUGGCGUGGUCAUAAGGAUAUUAUCUUCCAUAUAAUAAAAUUUGAAUUUUUUUUUUAUUCUGGUGGAUUCCAGCUUAUCUAACAGGUUUUGCGCUUGCGACCUGUGUUUUAUUUUAGGUUUGCGAUUGCAACCCUAUUCUUUAUUCUAGGUUUAGCACUUGCUAUUCCCUAUGACUUCCGACUGCGUCAGUUGGUAUCAUAGCGGGUUUUCUCCAGUUCUUUCCGUAGCUUGACAACCAUGACUGAUCAACCAGCAAUCAGAGCAGAUUUUGAGGGAAUUACCGCGACUUUUACCGCGACUCUAACUGCUUUGACUGAAUAAAUGACAAAUUUAGCAAAUCAGGUGAAGAACGCCAACUACAAAGGGAAUCAGCGAAGAGACAGGAGAGGAGAACAUGUUAGGGGUGGAAAACUUUCGGAUAAUCCAAUUUCCUUUCUACAUCCACCAUCCAGAAUCGAUCAAACCAUGCAUCAAACAGGGACAAUAAAAUCAUUAGGCCUACAGAAGUCGUCUCCUUUCAUUGAUUUCUUUUCUCAGAUAAAUUUUCUAGUUUACACACCUUGCAGAUAAGCUCUAUACAUUGCAAACAAAGAGCAGCAUUCCUAAAUUAAAGAAAUUGGAGACAAUUUCUGUUAAAGAGACAAUGUCCGAAAUUGUCAAAGAGGCAGCAAAAAAUACUGAAGUAAAUUAUGGUGAUGAUUAAUUUGGUAAAUAUGAAGGAGAUGCACAAGGGCCUUUAUGGAAUGAGAGUCUCACAAUCAAUUGCAAAAAUCAACUCGAUGAUAAUGAUAUUUAUUCUCAAUUUGAUUCUUGUACUGAAGUGAGUGAAGAUUCUUUUACAAUUGCAAUUGCUUUGAAAUCUGAGGAGCAAUGUCUUUUAAGUGCAAAAUCAAAGCUACUAACUUUUGAUAUGCUUGUAAGCAAAGGUGAAAAUCAUGACAUGGAUGAAAAGGUGGAACAUUUGCAAAUCAAUGAUGUAAAAGAUGGAAAUCUUGAUAUGGAUGUUUGUUGUGAUUUACUUGGUAGGCAUUGAUAAUUUUAUAAUAAUAUCACUUAUCGAGGAAGGGAUAACGUGAUGGUGUUUACAUGGGGCACACAUAAAAUUGCUAUGGAUCUUGUUUUGCACUUUGAUAAGAAUCCAAGAGAAAAAAAGUAUAGCUUCUUGGUGAUGACACAGAGUGAAAAGAAGCUUGAUAAGGCUAUUACAAAAACUAAAUUUUUAUGUUUAGUACUAACAAAAGAGGCGAUGAGUGAUGUAAAGGAAAAAACAACAAUUCAAGAAGAACUGCUAGGGGUCCUAAAGGAUUUCAAGGAGUCCACCAUAGAAGAGUUACCAAACGAUUUGCCUCCUAUGCGAGAUAAACGCAUGGAAUUUAAAGUUUUCAAUAUGGAAGAAGAUGUGAUGAUGUUUUUGCGUAAGGUGAGGUUUUUCGGUUGAUGCUCAUAACAAGCUGCAACCAUAUGAAGUUCUUUAUCAAGCAGAAAACUCGGGGUUGAGGUCUUUUGAAGUGAAGGAGACUGAUGUAGGAGGGCUACCUGCGCGUAACGAAGGAAAAACCUUGCGUUAGAACGGUUCGGCAGGAUUUGCACAAGUUUGGUGUUCGAUGUCAGAAUUACUCUUAUUAUAUCUUUUCGGAAAGGGAGUUGGCCUAGGAGUACAGCACACCACUUUGUAGUGACAUGUAGAUUUUUAAGCCAUUUUAGUUCGUUUCAGGCACGAAAUCAUCAAUUUAUUAUUUUGUUUUAUUUAGGAUUUAUUCUAUUUUGAAUUUUAUUCUAUUUAGAAUUUGAUUCUAUUUAGGAUUGAUUCUAUUUUGGAUUUAAUUCUAUUUAGGAUUUGAUUAUAUUUUAUAUUUGAUUCCGUUUUAGAUUAAAAGAUUUGAUUUCGUUUUAAAUUAAAAGAUUUGAUUCUAUUUUAGAUUAAAAGUCCAUUAGGAUCUCUGUAAGCCCAUGGGUUAUUUUGUUUUAAGUAUUUAAAGACUUUUAGCGUGGCUAUAAGGAUAUUAUCUUUCAUAUAAUAAAUUUUGAAGUUUUCUUUGUUAUGGUGGAUUCCAGCUUAGGUUUUGCGCUUGCAACCCCGUGUUUUAUUUUAGGUUUGCGAUUGCAACCAUAUUCUUUAUUCUAGGUUUAGCACUUGCUAUUUCCUAGGACUUCUGAUUGCCUCAAAAGUGAUAUCAAAAUCAAGGAUGCAAGCACUCUUGGAGCUAGUAUCGGCAACAUUAGAAGCACAUUAAUAGAUAUGUUUUCAACCAUAUUGGUUGAUACUUGCAAAAAUGUCUUCUUUAGAGAACAACAAUAAAAAACAAUUCCAGCAAAUAAUUGCAAAGAGACAUACAAUCUUUGUUGUCAUAAAAAAAGCUAGAUUAACAGUACCACCGUGAAUAGUAUCAUUGGCAUGAACAAUGAUCACAUAUGAACAAUUCUGACUAGUGAAAAGUGAUCGCAGAUGAACAAUACUGACUAGUGAAACAAUACCGAUGCAUGCAUGCAGGGGUGGAGCCAAGGCCCAGCUAGUCCGGGCAGGCGCCCGGGCUCAAAUCCUAUUUUCUUUGUACUCUCCCCAAUUUAAUAGUCGAUUUUUAGACAAACUCAUGGGCAAAGUUAUGGACAAAAUUAGUAAAAAUAGGGUGUGAAAAUUAAAACAGAUAAAUAAUCAAUGGUGUAAAGUUUUUGCCCAGACUACCUAAAAUUCCUGGCUCCACCACUGCAUGCAUGGUUAAACAAGACCAAUGCAUUAACAAUGUGGUUGAAAUGAAUAGUCUUUUAGAGUGGAGAGUAAGUAAGCGCGAAUGACCAUUAGUCAAAAUUUCAAACAAUGUGCAAUUAAGAUGAAAUCGAAAUAAAAUGCAUUGACAAGGGGUCGAGUUUAUGCGAAAGCAAGUGGACAUGACAAUACAACCCAUAUCCGUGGAGAGCCAUUCAAACCUGCGCUGAGUUUGAUGGAAAAAAAUACACUCUGGUUGGAUUUAGAUUUUUCCCGAUUACAAAUUAUUGAGACGAAUCGGGUAAUGAGGACACUAGUAUUCAUUUGAAUCCGUCCAAUUUAUUUUAUUUGGAUUUAGAUUUUUCCGAUUACAAAUUAUUGAGACGAAUCGAGUAAUGAGGACACUAGUAUCCAUCUGAAUUCGUCCAAUUUAUUUUAUUAUGUACUUUAUUAUUUAAUUUAAAUAAUUGAAAAUAUUAAAUAUGUGGUGAAUCCUUUAAUAUUUUAAUUUGUACUUCAUUAUUUGAAAUAUUUAAAACGGUAUAAUAUUUGCAACAUACUAUCAUUAAUUUUGAUUUUUAAAUAAUGUGAAAUUUUCUUUCCAUCCAAACAAGUUUUAAAUUAGAUGGACCUGAAUUAUAUUAUAUGGUAAUAUAAUUUAAUAGUAAGGUUAUAUUAUUAUAUGAUAAUAUAAUUGUUUUCUAUAUACUAGUGUCAAAGUGCUCGUCUUUCUAUUUUUCUCUGUUCUUAUUUUUUUUUCCUUUGUUAUAAGGAAAUAAUUUAACCUUACUUAUUUAAUAAAUACCUAAUUAAAUUAGUUUGCGUGGUAAUCCCAAAAUGUAGGAGAGAAAAGAGACAAUAGAAAAAGAGUAACACUUGUCUGCUUAACAAACCCAACCGUAAACGAACAUGAAUCUAUACAUGCAUGAAACUAACUACCUAAAAUAAUACCAACACAUAAUGUUUAAAGAAUUAAAAUGACUCAUUUUCAUCCAUUUUCAGAAUUAUUAAUUAUUUUUAUAAUUAUUACUAUUAUCUUUAUUUUCUCUUCCUCGAAUUUCAGACACGAAUACAAUUUCUCUCUUUUUUCUCUCCAACAACUUGAUGCAUCUUGCUGGCAAUUCUGUUACCCAGAAUCAACCAAUUUUGUGGCAACUUCAUCAUUGGAACUAAGCUUCAUUCUUUAAAACAAGAACAACAUCAUUACGUUGUUUUUUUGUUUGUGUUUUUGAUUUGAUUAUUAGAUCAUGAAGCAAAACAUAUAUCCUCGAUUAAUGGGAUAAAAAUUCAAGAUUGUUGUUGGUUGUCAUUGGUGUUCUUUUGUUUUUGUUUUUCGUUUUUCUAGCCAUUUCUGAGAAUAUAUAAGGUUUAAAUUCACGAUGAGUUCAGAAAUGGCUAAGGAAAAUAAUAAGGAGUCUAACGGAACGUCUUCUUCUCCUACAGAAAAAGGUUCGGAAAAAGGUUCUGAAAAAGAUUCCGAAAAAGCUCCUGAAAAAGUUUCAGAAAAAAAAGCUUCUGCUCCUUCUCCUUCUAAAUCACCUCCUGAAGAAUCAAAUCCUCCAGAAAAAGCACCAUCAAAGUCUCCACCUCCGCCUUCAUCAUCACCUCCUCCGCAGCAGUCUCCACCGCCACCUGCACCGCCUCGUUCUCCACCACCUUCUCCAUCACUAUCUCCUCCGCCAGCACAAACUCCACCGGAAGCUCCACCGCCAGAUUCUUCGCCACCUCCAGCAAAAGCUUCACCUCCUGAACCUUCUCAAUCAUCGCCGCCUCAAUUGUCACCGCCUCCAACACCUCUAUCAUCGCCACCAGCUCCAUUAUUUUCACCACCACCACCACUGCUCGGCGAAUCUUCUCCCACUCCAUCACAUUCUAAUUCCCCUCCUCCAUCUCCUCAAGCUCCUUCCUUACCUUCCCCUUCUUUAAAAUUUAGUCCUCCACCACCGCACGGCCAUCCUUCGCCACCACAAUCACCUUCCAUUUCCCCAAGCUCUCGUUCAAAACCAAUCCCUUCUCCUCCCAAAAGCAACUCUCAGUCUAAACAACCCUCCUCCAAUUCUAAUACAGCACAAUACGUUGGUAUUACUCUCGCAACAGUUUUUGUUCUCGCCUUUAUAGCAGCCGUUCUUUUUCUAUUAUUAAAAAAGAAAGAGAAACGAGGGAAUAUCUAUGCUUUGCCACCCCCCAAGAAAUCUCAAAUGAAAGGAGAUGUGCAUUACUAUGUAGAGUCACCAGGUUUUGGUUAUGAUAAUAGGAAUCAUUUAGUUGCAAUGCAGCAUUUGAGAAGUCCUUCAGACCCAACACAACAACAAAUGAAUACUGGCCAAAUUUUUUUUAGUUAUGAACAGAUUGUGGAAAUCACUAAUGAGUUUUCAAGUGAAAAUGUGAUAGGAGAAGGGGGUUUUGGGCGUGUUUACAAGGCUUCAAUGCCUGAUGGUAGAGUUGGAGCGGUUAAGUUAUUGAAGGUCGGUAGUGGUCAAGGAGAGAGGGAGUUCAGAGCAGAGGUUGAUAUUAUUAGUCGUGUACAUCAUCGACAUUUGGUAUCGUUGAUUGGUUAUUGUAUAUCUGAGCAACAAAGAGUUCUCAUUUAUGAGUUUGUUCCUAACGGGAAUCUUGAUCAACAUUUGCAUGAAAGUGAAUGGAAUGUUUUGGAUUGGUCCAAAAGGACGAAGAUAGCAAUUGGUGCUGCAAGGGGCCUAGCAUAUUUACACGAAGGCUGCAACCCAAAGAUUAUUCACAGAGAUAUUAAGUCGUCGAAUAUACUGUUGGAUAAUGCUUAUGAGGCACAAGUUGCAGACUUUGGACUUGCCCGACUAACCGAUGAUGCUAAUACUCAUGUAUCAACUAGGGUGAUGGGUACUUUUGGCUAUAUGGCUCCAGAGUAUGCAACGAGUGGAAAACUAACGGAUAGAUCAGACGUUUUCUCAUUCGGAGUUGUUCUUCUUGAGCUCAUAACCGGAAAGAAACCUGUUGAUGCAACACAACCCGUGGGGGAUGAGAGUUUGGUCGAGUGGGCUCGUCCACUUCUCCUUCGUGCAAUCCAGUCGGGUGAUUUUAGUGAACUAGCAGACCCAAGGCUUCAACGACAAUACGUUGACAGUGAAAUGUUUAGAAUGAUCGAGGCAGCUGCAGCAUGUGUUCGUCAUUCUGCCCCAAAACGACCCCGUAUGGUUCAGAUUGCAAGAGCCUUGGAAAUUGGAGAUCAACUAUAUGAUCUAUCAAACGGGGUGAAAUACGGGCAGAGCACAAUUUAUGAUUCUGGACAGUAUAAUGAAGACCUUAUGAGAUUCAAAAGGAUGGCUAAUGGAAGUUUUGAUGACUCUGAAUUCGAUAUUUAUAGCGCGGAAUACAGUUCAAGAGACAUGCCUAGUGGAUCUACAUGGAUCCCCCAAACUCCAAGUGCUGAUUCACAGAUUAAACCUGUCCAAGAAUAAAACAACACUGUAAAAAGCUAUAACCCCACUAAUUUCACCAAACAUGGAAAUCAAAAACUCUUCAAUUUUGGUUCUGUUUUCUUUCCCCCAUUUUUUUUUUAAUAGAGGGGAACAAUGAAAAUUCGUAUGGUAUAAAUCUUAUAUACUAUAAUGCGGGAUAUGAUGGAAGAUUGAGUUUAUUUCAGCACAUUAGCAGUGAUACAUUGAGUUUGUAUAAAACAUCUAUGGUUUGUGUUUUCCAUUUUGAAACUAUGUUUGAAUGAUUCUUAUGUAAAUAGAAUGUAUAAAACUAAUAAAGUCUAAUUAAGUGAUACUGUAGUUGAUUUUGACUGUCUGAUUUAAAUUAAUGUUUGAGAUUGAUUUACAUAUCAAUUUAAUGAAUAUUUAAUGUGAAUAUUUUGUUUUUGUUUUUGAACGAGUUACUAAGUUAUGUUUUCUUCUUCUUCAUUUUUAUAUGAGCCAUGUUGUAUCUUACGAAACGAAACAUCCGAAGAACAAGUAAAAAUUUAACAAAAUAUAUAAAUUUGACUUUUGACUUAAACAUGGGAUGAAGUUAGUGCAAAUUCUUGUGUUUCCUUAGUUCAUGCUUCGUAACAAUAAAUAUUUCUCAAUAAAAUAUAUAAAUUUGACUUUUGACUAAAAUAUGGGGUGGGGUUAGUGCAACUCUUUAUUUUAACAACAUUGAUUAUUUCAUAUCACUUCUCUCCCACUCGCCAGCCACGACACCACGUCGUCGUCACCUCUAUUGACCUUCUCCUAUCUCUCUAAAAUAAAACAAAAGAGAAAAAUA